AUGGCGUGUAACAAUUUGGGGAAAAGGAAAAAAAAAGGUUCGACAUCGACAAAGAUUAAUGGAAAAUAUAAAAAAAGAAAUUCAUUGAUACCAAAGUGGCCUAGUUUGGAUACGAUUUUCGAAGUUCAAUCGAUUAACGAAACUCAAAAUUUCGAUAAAGAAAUUCGAAAUCCUUCUUUGAAUGUUGAUAAUUCUCUUCUGCUACCUCAAAUAAAUUUAAAUCAAGAUACACCGUAA